UUAAAUUUUUUAAAUAUGUACCUAGGUAGACUUUUCAACAUAAGCUUAAAAAAUUCAUUACUUGUAUUGUUUUUUUAUAAUUUUAAUGUAAUGUAGUGUAUUUAUUUAAUCUAGUUGUCUAUUUAAGUUCUYAUUGUUUCUAUCAAACAUGGAUACCUAUCGAAUAUUUCUCAUCUUAAGUAUGUAUUUUUUGAAUUUUGCAUUUACCCAAGAUCCUUCUGGUUAUAUAGCCUACUGUCCAUGCAUGGGCCGUUUUGGAAACCAAGCCGAUCACUUUUUGGGAGCCAUUGGUUUUGCCAAAGCUUUAAAUCGCACACUGUUAUUACCUCAUUGGAUUGAAUACCGCUAUGGCCAGCAGAAGUCUGUACAAAUUCCAUUUGAUACAUACUUUAAAGUAGAUCCACUUUUAGAGUAUCACAGGGUUGAGUUGAUGAAUGACUUUAUGACUAAUUAUUCAAAUGAUCUAUGGCCGCCAGCAAGUCGAACAUCGUUUUGUUAUAUGCAAAGAGGCGAAUUGGAAGGAUGUAAUGCCAAAGCAGGGAACCCUUUUGAAUCAUUUUGGGAUACAUAUGGCAUUGAUUUUUCAUCUUCUGAAUUUUAUGCUCCCCUGAACUACGAUGUUUACCAUCACGAUAUGGUAUCUAAAUGGCAUGAGAAGUAUCCAUCAUCUGAAUGGCCAGUGUUGGCAUUUGUUGGUGCUCCAGCAAGUUUUCCAAUUCAAAAAGAAAAUGUAGAGAUUCAUAAGUACUUAAAAUGGAGCGACGAAAUAAAUAACUUGGCAAACUCUUUUAUAAAGAAUAGAAUUAAGCCUGGAAAAUUUAUUGGUAUUCACUUGCGCAAUGGUAUUGAUUGGGUCAGGGCUUGUGAACAUAUCACCAAGAACUCUUUGUUGUUCUCAGCUCCACAGUGCUUAGGCUACAGGAAUGAAYAUGGAAAAGCAACAGAAGAAUUAUGCUAUCCAACUUUUGAAACAGUUGUAAAACAACUCAAAAGACUCAUUCGAAAAUAUGACAAAGACAUAAGUACAAUUUUCGUAGCAUCUGAUAACAAUCAUCUAAUUCCUGAACUUUCACAUGCAUUAUCGAGUUUUAAUUUGAAAACUGUAAAAUACGAUAAAGAUAGUCCGCACGUAGAUCUUGCAAUAUUAGGARAGGCAGAUUAUUUUAUUGGCAACUGUAUAUCUUCAUUCAGUGCUUUUGUUAAACGUGAGAGAGAUUCAAAUGGUCUACCUACUGAGUUUUGGGCAUUUCCAGUUUAUCAAAAAAAUAAUCAAAAGGAUGAACUGUGAGUAAAAAUGAUUUGCUUACGUAUUUAUUUCAAUAUGUUUAAAAAAUAUAUAUUAAUAUAUUAUUUUUUGUGUACUCACAGAUAUCUCGUACCUAUCUUACCAUUAUAUUCUGAUGUUUUUUUAUUUUUGUAUUUGAUUAGAUGACAAGAGUUUAUAUUGUUUAAUCUAUUUGAAAUAGUAAUGAUCUAGAGUAAUGUUAAAUUUUUUUUUGAAAGAUUUAAAUUUCAUAACUUGAUUUUUAUGUUACAACUUACAUACAGGUUUACCAGUCAUAAGCUAAAUAUUAUAUUAUUUUCAUAUUAAUAAUACUGGUUUUAUUGUCUUGUUUAUGGAAUUCCUAAAUAUGUAGAAACUAACUUAACCAUAUAUUUAAUUAUGCAUA